CACCAAAAUGAGCUUCUGGUCCUCGGAAUCGCUGUCGGAAGCAACCAAGUUCCGCGAGCGGAUUGCCGCCGAGGGGACUGGCUGGAUCAACGCCGCGCGGGGCAAGACACCGCUCAUGCGGCUGUGCAAGUGCGACACGUAUCUCGACGUCGAUGCCAUCGAAGUGCUCGUCGAGAACGGCGCAGAUUGUGUUGCAAUGGACGACUAUGGCGACACGCCGCUGCUGACAAUGAUCCAGCGCUUUGACGACGGGCGGCCAGACCUCGUCGCCAGCAACCUCAAGGUCGUCAAGUGCAUGAUUGAGAAGGGCAACGCGCCACUCCAGCGGCCCGAGGACAACCCGGACACGGUCGGGCCGCUCUUUGUCGCCGCAGAGUACGGGCGCACCGAGAUCAUGGCCUACCUCAUCCAGCGCGGCGCGAACGUCGAUGCCCCAGAGUUCAAGGCAGAGUGCGCAGAAGACCUCGAAGUCCCGCCAAAGUGCACUCCGCUGCACGGCGCCGUCGAGCAGGAGCAGCUCGAGUCGGUCAAGGUGCUCAUCGCAGCGGGCGCAAAGCUCAACGAGAAGGACAAGGAAGGCAGAACGCCCCUCGCCAUCGCACUCUCACGCAGGCAUGCCGCCGAGAUUGCCCAAGUCCUGCGCGCGGCCGGGGCGCUCGAGAAUUGAACAAAACAUGAGACUUUUUUUGCUCCUGUGGGAGAUGCGCAAAGCAAGCAUUGUUUUCAGCUUCUCGAUGCUCAUACCUCAGGGGAGUUGAAUGCUGCCCCUCAUCAUGAGACUCUGCUGUGAUGCUGUUCAGCACCCGGCGUCUCUGUUCGCUUCCUGUUCGCUUCCUGUUUGUUUCUUUCGCUUUUGAGUUUUUCGCCCUGCUUGUGCCUGACGGUUUCAUGGUUUUUUGUUUCUUUUUUCAGCCAGGGAUGCGCUCUUCUCGCCAUGAUGCUUCCAUUGGGAUUUGUCUCUUCUUUGGAGCAGAACCGCGAGAAAGCAUUCUCAGGAUACAUGUAUCAGUUUGGUUCAGUUUCAGUGAAGUGGGUGUUGUCCCCAGUUUCUGUUGCGCUCCAUUGUAUUUAAUGCAACAUCCACUCCAACAAA